AUGUCAGGACUAAACUCUCCACCAUCAUAUGCGCCUACAUCUACUAGUUCAUAUACUCCCAGUAAUGCCAAUCAUAUCAAAUAUCAUAGGGAGAUUGAUAAAUCAGCAGUGAUCAAAUCUCCAUUGCAUAAAAACAUAUAUGAUUCGCUUGCAGAAAUAUACUCUAUAGUGACGGUAAUGGAAAUGAUAGAGAAGUCAUUUCUAAAAGAUUAUAUUACUGACAAAGAUAAAUACACAUCUACCACAUUAAGAUUAAUAAAUCAAUACCAAAUAAUUAUCAAGGGAUUUCAAGAAGAUCAGUCAAAGCAAACUAUCUUGGCAGAUAUAAUACCAGGAGCUUCAGUAGAUAGCGAUGAUUUUUCUGAGAAACUAGCCAAUACAUAUAACUUGCAUGCCCCGUUAGCUAUAAAGAGGCUACAAACUGGUGUACCCGUAACAAUCGAACAUCUUGGUACUCAAGUUGAAAGUUCGAGCCAUCCAACGCAUAAUAUCAGUAAUGCGAAUACGUCUACGAAAGCAAGUGGCAGAUUAGUUGCUGAAGUAACAGGCAACUUCAUAACAUGUAUGGAUGCGUUGAAAUUAAAUUACAAAACAAAAGACCAAUUGCAUCCUUUAUUGUCAGAUUUAGUGGUAAGUCUAAAUGAUUUGGUGACAAUGAAUGAUUCAAACGAUGAAAACAAUGGUAAGACGAUUGAGUUCUCGGGCAAAUCAAAAUUGAUAUCGUGGUUAAUUAAAUUGAAUAAUUUGGAGGACCAGGAAUUAGUCCAAUCCGACAUUGAUACGUUUUUGAACGAUUUGGAUCUGGCCUACAAGAAUUUUUAUACGUCAUUAGAAUAA